CUUGUCACAUGCAAUUAUUUGAAUAAAAAAUCUAAGCAACGUUUGUCAAAAAAUAAAAAGAAAAAAAUCUAAGCAACGAAAAAAACGGUUUUUCACAAGCGAAUCACAUGGCCCAUGGAAUUUGGAAACUAUUAGAUACUGUGAUGAACCACCUUUUUUCAUUCAACCUGCAUUUUUGCAUGCAUGGUUCUGCUAUGAUGGCCAAUGCCAAAGUCCUCCGCAAAUGCAAUCCUCUUGUUUUCUUUUGCAUUAUUUUCUUCAAUUUCUCCCUAAUUUCAACCGAAUCUCCCAACCCAGAUUCAGCCGCAUUGUUGCAGCUCAAGAAAUCAUUCAAAAACAGUGACAUUCUUAAUACAUGGAAAUCCGGAACAGAGCCUUGUGCCAAAGGUAAACAAUGGCUUGGCCUUGUUUGUCACAAUGGGAAAGUCACCGGUGUUCAUCUCGGAACAUUGGGACUUUCUGGUAAAAUUGAUGUUGAUGCCUUAACGAAAAUGCCUAACCUCAGAAGCAUCAGCGUUUCGGAUAAUUCUUUUGAAGGUCCGAUCCCAGAAAUUAAUAGACUGGGAUCUUUGAAAGCUGUGUAUUUGGCUAAUAAUCGGUUUUCAGGUAAAAUUCCAGCUGAUUAUUUCAAGGGAAUGGGGUCUCUCAAGAAAUUAUGGCUUUCUAAUAAUAAUUUCAGCGGUGAGAUUCCUUUGUCGUUGACACAGAUUUCUUCCCUCAUGUCGAUACACUUGAAUGAUAAUCAUUUUUCUGGGAAAAUACCCGAAUUUAAGCAAAACAAUUUGGUGUCACUCAAUAUAUCCAAUAAUGAUUUGAAUGGGGAGAUUCCUUCAAGUUUGUCUAAAUUCAACCAGAGUUCAUUCGCUGGAAACAAGGGUCUCUGUGGAAAACAAUUAGGUAAAAAAUGUGAGGAGAGUGUGGCGGGGGCAGGGCCAUCAUCAUCGCGAAAAGUUUCAAAUAAUCAAUCUAAUAGUAAAAUAGCUUUCUGGUUAUUGUCCUUGUGUGUGCUGAUUCUUGGCAUUAUGGUAUUUGCUAUUCUUGUGAUGAAACGUCGCCAAGAAGAUGAACAUGCUUUUCAGAAUGAUAACUUAGAGGAAUCUAUGGAAUCAGCUGGAUGGGAAGGGGGUAAAAGAGAUGUAGAACUGUCUGUAGGUUCAACACAGAGUAGGGUGUCAACUCAGAAAGGCGUCACGGCUCAGAAAACACGGUCCACCAAUAAGAGCGCCAAGCGCAGGCUUGGAGAUUUGGUGGUGGUGAAUGAGAAGAAUGGUAUGUUUGGGCUGCAGGAUCUAAUGAGGGCAAAUGCUGAGGUUCUUGGUAAUGGGACAAUGGGGGCCUCAUCAUAUAAAGCAAUGAUGCCUGAUGGAUUUUCAUUGGUGGUAAAAAGGAUUAAAGAGAUGAAUAAGGUUGAGAAAGAUAGAUUUGAUGCAGAGAUCAGAAAAAUGUCUGCAAUGAGUCAUCCUAACAUCUUGGCACCUUUGGCAUACCAUUUUCGCAACGAAGAAAAAUUGUUGGUCUCUGAGUUUGUGCCUAAAGGCAGUUUACUCUACAUAUUGCAUGGUGACAGGGGACCAACCCAUGCAGAGCUCAACUGGCCUGCUAGAUUAAAAAUUAUCAAAGGGAUUGCUCGAGGAUUGGAUUAUCUUCACACGCAGUAUGCUUCUUCAGAGUUGCCUCACGGUAAUCUUAAAUCAAGCAAUGUUCUUAUAGACUCCAACUAUGAGCCAUUACUGGCAGAUUUCGGAUUCAAUUCUAUGAUCUCUGACAACCAAGUACCACAACUAUUCGCCUACAAGGCUCCGGAAAUUUCACAAGGUCAUCAGGUCUCUCCCAAAUGUGAUGUUUACUGUCUAGGAAUUGUCAUUCUGGAGAUCAUCACAGGUAAAUUUCCAACACAAUAUCUUAACCAUGGGAGCGGUGGAGUUGACGUGGUUGAAUGGGUAAGAAAUGCUGUUCUUGAGGGAAGAGAAGCUGAAUUUCUUGAUCCAGAGAUUGUGGACAAUAGUAGUGCAAUUGGGCAGAUGCAACGGAUCCUUCAGAUUGGUGUAGCUUGUUCCGAAAGUAAUCCAGAUCAACGGCUGGACAUUAGAGAAGCGACUAGACGAAUUGAGGAGAUAUAAAUUGCAGUACAGAUCUCAAGAUGAUCCACUAUACCCUCCAUGUUGUGCCCCCAGAAAGUCAGAUAUCUUAGUUAUAUGUACACACACAUGGUCAUGAAAAAGAGCUCUAGAAUACGAAACUGAGGUGACGAAUUCGUCAAAUUUGUGUUUGAAACCUAAAGGGUGAUGAUGCUAUGCUAAAUACAACUGCAUUGGUAUAUGAUCACAUUGUUGAACAUGCAGUAAUUUUGCGAGGUUGAUGCUAGCAUUGGGGAUCUCAGUACAUGCAUGUUUACUCGACAAAAGUGACAUUUUCUGUAUUUGAUUUCGAUGAAUAUGAUCCCAAGCUCUGCAAAAUUUCUCAU